AGCCUUUGAGAUCUUGCGUCCUUGGCCUUGCCGCUCUGCCAGCAUGCUUCGCGGUCUCAGCUUGAUAGCUGUGAGCCGGGCGCUCGCGGACGAGUUGAAGAGCUCGGAUGUCACGGCCACAUGCCUGCUGAAGGGCUGGGCAGAUGAGUCACAGUGCAGCGAGAUCGUGAAGUACUCCGAGGAUUGCUUCUCUUGGAAUCCCAUCAACACCGCCAACGUGGGCAGCCUGUCGGCAUCCCUGGGCGAUGCCACCACUUGCGUGACCUACAACCUGGAGCAGCGCUGGGGUUGGGCCCCGGACGUCUCCAGCAGAGGCUCCAAUACCGGCGGGCCCUACGACGCCUAUGGGCAGGGCACAACUGUCAUCGGGGUGGACACGCCCUCGGGGAAGUGGCAGUACGCGCUCACCGAAGGUGCCCAAGGCUCCAAUGGCGGCUCCGGCGGAGGAUUUGGGGGUGGCUUUAGCGGUGCUCCAACGGCGGCUCUGGUGGAGGAGUUGGCGGAGGCUCCAGCUCCAACGGCGGCUCUGGUGGAGGAUUUGGUCGCCUUCGCAAAGUUAACUGCCCCCCUGGCCAAAAGGAAUGUGGCCAGUCCAACGGCGGCUCCGGUGGAGGCGUUGGUGGAGGCUCCAGCUCCAACGGCGGCUCUGGCGGAGGAGUUGGCGGUGGCUCGAACUGUCCUCCUGGCCAAAAGGAAUGUGGCCAGUCCAACGGUGGCUCUGGUGGCGGAGUUGGUGGAGGCUCCAGCUCCAACGGCGGCUCUGGUGGAGGAGUUGGCGGUGGCUCCAGCUCCAACGGCGGCUCUGGGGGAGGAGUUGGCGGUGGCUCCAACUGUCCUCCUGGCCAGAAGGAAUGUGGCCAGUCCAACGGUGGCUCUGGUGGAGGAGUUGGCGGAGGCUCCAGCAGCUCCAACGGCGGCUCUGGUGGAGGAUUUGGUCGCCUUCGCAAAGUUAACUGCCCCCCUGGCCAAAAGGAAUGUGGCCAGUCCAAUGGUGGCUCCGGUGGAGGCGUUGGUGGAGGCUCCAGCUCCAACGGCGGCUCUGGCGGAGGAGUUGGCGGUGGCUCGAACUGUCCUCCUGGCCAAAAGGAAUGUGGCCAGUCCAAUGGUGGCUCUGGUGGCGGAGUUGGUGGAGGCUCCAGCUCCAACGGCGGCUCUGGUGGAGGAGUUGGCGGCGGCUCCAGCUCCAACGGCGGCUCUGGGGGAGGAGUUGGCGGUGGCUCCAACUGUCCUCCUGGCCAGAAGGAAUGUGGCCAGUCCAACGGUGGCUCUGGUGGAGGAGUUGGCGGAGGCUCCAGCAGCUCCAACGGCGGCUCUGGUGGAGGAUUUGGUCGCCUUCGCAAAGUUAACUGCCCCCCUGGCCAAAAGGAAUGUGGCCAGUCCAAUGGUGGCUCUGGUGGAGGAGUUGGUGGAGGCUCCAGCUCCAACGGCGGCUCUGGUGGAGGAUUCGGCGGUGGCUCCAACUGUCCUCCUGGCCAGAAAGAAUGUGGCCAGUCUAACGGUGGCUCUGGUGGAGGAGUUGGCGGAGGCUCCAGCAGCUCCAACGGCGGCGCUGGUGGAGGAUUUGGUGGAGGCUCUCUGUUGCGCAAGGGCCGCUGCAAUGGACAUGGAAACUGCAAUGCACACGGCCAGAACAAUGGCCACAACAAUGGUCACAACAAUGGUCACAACAAUGGCCACAACAAUGGCCACAACAAUGGCCACAACAAUGGUAACCAUGGUGGCCAGUCCAGCGGCGGCUCCGGCGGAGGAUUUGGGGGUGGCUCCAGCGGUGGCUCCAACGGUGGCUCUGGUGGAGGAGUUGGCGGAGGCUCCAGCGGUGGCACAGGUGGAGGAUUUGGCGGAGGCUCCAGCUCCAACGGCGGCUCUGGCGGAGGAUUUGGUCGCCUUCGCAAAGUUAACUGCCCCCCUGGCCAAAAGGAAUGUGGCCAGUCCAACGGCGGCUCCGGUGGAGGCGUUGGUGGAGGCUCCAGCUCCAACGGCGGCGCUGGUGGAGGAGUUGGCGGUGGCUCCAGCUCCAACGGCGGCUCUGGGGGAGGAGUUGGCGGUGGCUCCAACUGUCCUCCUGGCCAGAAGGAAUGUAGCCAGUCCAACGGUGGCUCUGGUGGAGGAGUUGGCGGAGGCUCCAGCAGCUCCAACGGCGGCUCUGGUGGAGGAUUUGGUCGCCUUCGCAAAGUUAACUGCCCCCCUGGCCAAAAGGAAUGUGGCCAGUCCAACGGCGGCUCCGGUGGAGGCGUUGGUGGAGGCUCCAGCUCCAACGGCGGCUCUGGCGGAGGAGUUGGCGGUGGCUCGAACUGUCCUCCUGGCCAAAAGGAAUGUGGCCAGUCCAAUGGUGGUUCUGGUGGAGGAGUUGGUGGAGGCUCCAGCUCCAACGGCGGCUCUGGUGGAGGAGUUGGCGGCGGCUCCAGCUCCAACGGCGGCUCUGGGGGAGGAUUUGGCGGUGGCUCCAACUGUCCUCCUGGCCAGAAGGAAUGUGGCCAGUCCAACGGUGGCUCUGGUGGAGGAGUUGGCGGAGGCUCCAGCAGCUCCAACGGCGGCUCUGGCGGAGGAGUUGGCGGUGGCUCCACAGACAUUUACUAUCCAUGAGCAGGACAAACUGCUACAGCACAUGUGCCACUGUUGCAAUCACGGACACUUUCUGCCAGCCUGUUUGUUGCUUUUGGGCCGAGUGUUGGCCCCAAGCAGAAGCUUGUUUGAGCUUGCAAAGCAGAGUGUCAGCGUGGUGUGGCAUCAGCGCACAAUUUAGAUCUUGAAGGCUUGAUUCUGCCAUCUAAUUCACGGUUUCCAUCCAAGCAGAGCACAGGUGGCUUUGGCUUGGCUUAUUGCCUUUACCCCUCGCAAGAAGGGGAUUGGCGCUGGUUUUGCGUCCCUGGGUUUUUCAUCCCUGGGAUGAUGUCUACAUGCUAGCUUGUGCCUACGGGCUGUUUGCUCAGCUCUGCACAGUCUGCACCGAUCGGCGGCAAUAGUCCGCGCUACCGUACUUGUAGCAGCG